UGUGGGUAAUAUGCGAACUUUACCAAAAGAGACUGUAGAGAGUGCAGUUGAAGAAGUAGCAGAGCAGGAGAGAGAUAUUAGAUAGAGAGGAAUGGAGGGGUCCAUUAGAGCUGAUGCAGCUUUACUCAGGUUCGGUCUACAGUAAAUGCCAGAUUCCCGCACUCUCAGCAGCCGUCCAUUUCUCAGGCGAGUUCCAGAUCUGCGCCGCAUUGCGCCACACACCUCUCUCUCCUCACUUCUCUCCUCACUUCUCUCCUCAGAUCUACCCCGGUUUCGCAUUUUCCUCUACUCGUGUUUUUUAUUUUUGGAGUUGUGUACUUGGAGUUCUUGUUUUGGUUUUGUUCAGAUUGUCGUUUUUUUCUUUUGGCUAGUGCAGAUGUGUUCAAUUAGACUGUGUUCGGCGUUAAUGUACUACAACUAGGGUUUCUGAUUGAGCUCGCUUCGUCGUUUUUUCCUGACAAUGCUUAAUUUCUAUGUGUUUUUUGGAUGGUGAUGUAGCGAGAGAAGUCAAAUGGGUUUCAGUUUUGUUACUGUAUUUGUAAUAAAGGUGGCGUUUUUUUGGUCGGAAAUGUUAAUGUUAGGUGUUGUUUGUAAGUGGGUUCUGGCUUUGGUGAUGUGGGUUAGUGAGCAAAAAUGAUGAGAUUAAGCUUUGGGCCUAAUGAUUUGAUUUGCCUCGUCAGACUUUUUUUUUUUUUUUUAAAAUUAUUUAUUUUAUGUUUUUAUUCAUUUAUUUUUGUCAUUUCUGAGCUUGUAGUUUUCAAUCAUGUGGAAUUGUGCAGCGCUUGAAACACUGGUUUCACUGUUUCGGAUAUUGGCCUUUCUGCAAUGGGGAAAUCUCCUGGAAAAUGGAUCAAGACCCUACUUUUUGGGAAGAAAUCGUCCAAAUCUAAUUUUUCAAAAAAAGCUGCAACUGAAAGAGAGGCAUUUAUUGCUGUUAAGGCCCAGUCAGGUGAUUUGGCUUUGGAUCCUCCAGUGGUUUCAGUCCCAGCACCCCAUACCACUGACAGAAGUGGAGGGAACUUGGUGUUAGAAAGGGCAACAACUGACAACUUGCCACAUGAUGUGGUUUUGUUAUCACCUGGAAGUCAAGAUGUUGAUACAAAAGCAAAUGUGGAGUUGGGACUACCAAACAACACAGACAUAAUCAGGCUAGAGCAAGCUGCUACAAAAGCACAGGCUGCUUUUAGGGGCUAUUUGGCUCGCAGGGCAUUUCGGGCCCUCAAGGGCAUCAUAAGGCUGCAAGCACUUGUUCGUGGGCACUUGGUUAGGAGACAGGCUGUUGCUACUUUACUAUGUGUGCAGGGGAUUGUGAAAUUACAGGCACUGAUUCGUGGUCAAAGAGUCAGACUUUCAGAUGCAGGACUUGAAGUGCAUAAGAAAUGCAGUCUGGGAAAGCCUCUGGACGACAAAGAGGUGGUUUCAGGUGGAGUAAAUAAAUCCACUCAACCGAAGGAGCUAUCACCAAAUGCUUUUGUUAAUAAGCUUCUUGCUUCAUUGCCUACUGCUCUGCCCUUGAAACUCCAAUAUGAUCCAGUUGACCCAAACUCAGCUGCAAACUGGGUAGAACGCUGGUCAUUGUCUUUCUUCUGGAAACCACUUCCACAACCUAAGAAGGUUGACAACUUGAAGUCUCAGAGAAAGCAGGGUAACAUUCAAAGUGGAGAAUCAGAGGUGGGAAGGCCAAAACGAGGUAGCCGGAGGGUUUCCACUGUGAGUGUUGAGAAUAACUCAUUGCUUUCCUCAUCUGAAUAUGAAAAACCCAAACGUACCCAGAGGAAAUCUUUGAGCCAUCAAGCAGAAACAGUGCAGGAUCAUCCUCAAAGUGAACUUGAGAGGGUUAAACGCAAUUUGAGAAAAGUUUCUGCAUCUGUAACAGAGGUUCCUGAUAAGAUGGAAGCUGUAACUGAGAAACCAAAGCAGAGUCAAAGAAAGGUUUCAGGCUUUCCAGCUCCUGAUGUUUCAGAACAGAGCAUGAACUUUUCUUCUGAAAAAACAGGUCCCCCACCAGUAGCAGUGUCCAAAGAGUCCAAACAGACUGAUAUAGAACCACAUUCAAAACUGUCCAAAGAACCCAAAGAGACUGAUGCAGAACUGUCUCGAAACCUGUCCAAAGAACUCAAACAGACUGAUACAGAACCAUCUCCAAAGUUGUCCAUAGAACCCAAACAGACUGAGGGAGAAACACAUCCAAAACUUUCUGGAGAACUUGAACAGACUGAGCUGGAAUUACCUCCAAAACCUUUAGCAUUGGAUGAGAUAGUUGAUGUGUCACAAGAUCACCUUCUUGCUGUUGAGGCACAUCCUUUAGAAAAUGGUGGGAAAGUUGAGAACACUCCUGUGGUGAAUGAGGAGAUAAGCUGUAUGGAGGAUCAAACUACCAAGGAUAACAAGAGAACCAGGAGGAGGAAAUCUUUGCCAGCAAAGCAGGAAUGCUCAGAGAAUGUUUCACAUAACACUCCCACCUUGCCAAGCUAUAUGGCAGCAACUGAAUCUGCAAAGGCAAAGCUUAGAGCACAAGGAUCACCAAGAUUUGGUCAAGAUGGAUCUGAAAAUGGUUUUGUCAGACGGCAUUCUCUGCCUUCUUCCACCAAUGGUAAAUUGAGCUCAAUGUCACCUCGAGUGCAGAGGCUGGUUCAAGCAAGUGGCAAAGGAGGAUCCAAAAAUGACAGAUCACUUUUGUCCUCUAGAGAUUGUCAUGAGAAGGUGGUCCAGACUGAGUGGAGGAGGUGAUAUUAUGGCCAUUUGCAUUUUAUGAAAUCAAGGAGACAGAAGGCAAAGAGUGAAGUUCCACCUGUGAAUGAAAAAUGUGGUCCACUGUUGACAUUGUAUCCACUCCCAACAUAGAUGCAUCCGUUACUCACCGAGGCGCCACCGAACACAGAGGCUCCAGUGUUGUGCGACCAAAGGAUUCUUCCAGAGGCGGCUUCCAUGGCGUACAUUGGUCCUGUUGGAUGUGUUGAUCCAGCAAAGAGGACACCGUUAGCGAUGGUCACUGGACCAUUGGUGCUGGCAUUGCUGGGAUUGGCUGUGGACCAUAGGGUUUUGCCAGUGUUAGCAUCCAUUGCCACCCAUCCGCCGGCGUUGGUGAUUGUGUUGGAUGGUUUGAGAGUGAAGUUCUUGCCAUCGCUGUUGAGAAUGUUGGUGUAGACCCUCUUGCCGUCCGUGGCUGCCCCCCAGGUGCCUCCUCCAGUAACGCCACCAGGUCCGGCCUCCUGCAUCGAAACCUUUUGGUUAGCCAAGAUUCCACAUAAGAAAUUGGCACCCUUUAAACUUCAAAAACUACGAAUUUUUUAGUAGACUCUAAUACUAUAUUAAGCUAUUAGGGGAAUAUAUAGACUCACGGUGUACC